GUACAUAAGUUCAUUACCAUUCAAAAACGGUUCGACUUUAUUUAUGUACUAAGUAAUCUUUAACUCAGUAAAUUUAUUUUUUUCUUUUUCACUUCUGUCGUCUAAUUAUUAUUAGGUGGAUUGUAUUCUGUAUUUAAUUAUAGUAAUACCACGAGUGAAUCAAAAUCAAAAUAUGAUAAAAGAACAAGCAACGCAUAAUCAUUUUAUUUAACCAAGGACAUUUCAUCUACGGGAACCUCUGACCUCGAUCAUCAGCUGAUGUUUGUUUAUGUUUUCAAUCUUGAGCCUAGAGUAAAACAAUAUGAUUAUUUUUUAAAUAUUGUAUCAUAAUACAAAUUAAAAGAAAUUAAAUAAAUGAAAUUGCUUCCAAUAUAAUUCCGAUGAACACUUUUAAAAGUUGUUUGCUUUUGUAAAUCAUUUGUUUACGUCGGCAAUCAGGUGAUCUUAUGUUAUGCUAAAAAUAAACUGAUCUAUAAAUACAUAUCUACUUUAUGUAUAACUGCGAUUUGGGUUUUAUUCAAAUGAUGGAAUUUGUAAAAGGUUUAUAAUUCUCUUCAAAUUAAUCCAUUCUUGAUCUGAAGUAUCAAAAUGAAUGUAAAAUAUUUCCUGCUUAUUUGUUUGACAUAUCUCACAAUAAUAUUGAAAGUAAUUUACAGUGAGGAAGGAGUUUUCUGUGGUGUAAAUUCCAAUCCAGCUGUGUUUGGAAAAGAUGUCAGUAUUUCCUGCAUAUACAAUGGUUCAAAUACUUGUAUUGAAAACCGUACAAGAACGUGGACGAAAGGACAAAACAAAGAUUUUCUUAUGAUGGAUGGCCAUCCAUCACCUACAGCAGAAAGAUAUAAGGAAAAUGUCCUAUCCUGUUCAGAAGUCGAACUAGAAAUAUCAAACCUUUCUUCUGAUGACUUAGACAACUAUCAAUGCUAUAUUGAUUUUAAAGAAUGCGAAUUGCCUUUAAAUUUAGAUCCAUAUAAGUAUGAAUAUCAUCCCCAUGGUGAAGAAAUAAAAACAAAUUUCUCUUUAUCAAAUGACGAAUUCUCCUUUUUUAUUGAAAUGUUCCCUGUUUAUCCUAUUCCCAUGUGCACAGUAUUCUUUGGUAAUAUGCCAAUGACAGAUUUUUUUAAACAGAAAACACAAAAAAUUGGACAUUUUUAUCAAUCAAAACUGAACCUGGAAUUCAAGGCGUCGGGAAUAAUCUGUCCGAUAACGGCAAAUGCAACUUGCAAAAUAGGUCAAACAGAAAUUUCUCUUUUGAAAUUCGAAUUAAAAAACUGUUCAGACAUAGAAAUGCAAGUAUCAUUGACACUGACCUCGACAGAGAAGGCGAUUGUAUGUAUUUUAACUAUCAUAUGUCUUGCACUUGUCCUUUGGAGCAUGUGUCGGAACAGGACGCUGAUACAAAAGACUUACAAGGAACUUUCAGACCGAAAUGUAUGGGACAUCAGGCGACCAUUGCUAGCUGUACUGGCAACAUUUGGAUCGAUGUCUGGUGAUAUUUUAACAUUUACAAAAAUAGUUGAAGAUAACCAAAUGCUAUUUCUCUGUUUUGCUCUUGCCCUUUUGUUGACCUUUGCAUCGUUGGUUCUUCUAAGUAAUACGAAUACUAUUAGCAUACGCGAAGGAGUCAGAAAAUCUUUCGAACGGUUUAUAGAAAAAUUUGAAAACUGUAUUAACAGAGAGCAGAACACCAUUGAAUACGAUGCUGCUAACACAGAUAAUCAUGAUGACACAGCAAGAGGACAGCCUGUUAUGUGUUUCGGAUUCAUUGUACAGUGUUGAUGAUGUGUUAGACUGGUACCCGGCCGUUAUUGAAAUUCUUCGCAAUACCGAAGGCAUACUGAAUAUUUUACGGAGGGAACCAACUUUAUGAUGUGUAAAUACAUGUAGUUAAUAUCUUAUAUAAGUGUAUUUAUGCCUAAGAACACAAGUUUAACGAAACUUCACUUUUAUUUAAACGUCAUAUGGAUUGUAGGUCCGACUGAUUCCUUUAACUUCAAUCUAGUUUGUCAAUCACUGUAAUAGUUUGUUUGGAUCUAUGUAUAUAAGACUGGGUUAUUUUGAGGAAAAGGUUUAAUUCGGUUCUUAUUAAGCAUCUAAUAAACUCUGGGACAAGUUUUUAAUCCUGUUGAGUGCAACAGUUGUGACCUUAAUGUUUACGGGUAAUUCAAUAUAAAGUUGAUAAAUUCGUUGGUAUUGGUUCCCUGAUAUUUGUCCUUAAACCUUUUACACUCAGCGGAAUUGCAAACUUGUCUCGGAAACUGAUAUCUCAUGAAAUAUAAAGAAAAUUGAAUUUCAUUUGAAAGAGGUAUGCUAGAUUCAGUUUUAUCUCUCAUAUUAUUACAUGAAACUGAAUAAAGUAAUUUUCUAUAAAAAGAAAAAAACACCCGAAAAUAUAAUUGUUCUGGGUUUGUUUUUAUCAUUUAUGUACAAAAAUUUCAAAAAAAGCCAAAUGACGAUUUGGAAAAAUCUGGGUCGUGAAUUUUUAUAUUUUUUUGGGUUAAAUCUUUAGCUCGAACAUGACAAAAUUACAUAAUGAUACUGGCGUUGACGUGAAUGAAAUCUCUAAAACGUUUUGUUGAAUCAUCUAUUCGUAGCAUUUAUAACUUAUAAUAUCUGUUAUCAACCUUUUAUUUAUUUCAUUAUACAUUUUUAAGAAAAAUAUACAUUCUAUUUCUUUUUUAUUCAUUUGUUUUAGUUUAUUAUUUACUGUAUACACUGUACAUAUUGUUAUGUUGUUCUAUUAUUUGUAUUGCUGUUUUUGUUAAUUGGACUCAUUGAUUAAAUUGUGAAUUGCAUUGCAAAACGGACUGCGUAUAUAUAAACAAUCCCACUAGUUACGAAAUGUUGUAAUUACUGAAUAUUAAUAUUAUUUUGUUCACAAUAUUUUAUUUAAAAAGAAAAAAAAUGGCCCAGUAUGAAUAUUUUUAACGAAAGGUUUUGAAAGUAGUUUAACAGUAAUAUUACAAAAUGUUUUAUUUUUCAGUUGCCAAAACUAGAAUAUACUAAACCUAAGGCUUAUUUGGCUGUAAAGCGUCUCAUUUUCAAGCCUAAAACAAAAUAUAAAGCAUAUAUACCUACUUGAUACAAUAAGUCGUGUUUUCAGUUGUAACUUGAAUGGACCAAUAUCAUUUUAGAUGAAUUAUGUUUUGGGCAACUCCAAUACUUUAGAAAUAAAAUGUAUGUUUGAAAUUUUAAAUCCUCUGUAACACAUUUUGAAAAAGUGUUUCAAUCUAAAUAAAUUGCAGCUCCAAUAUAUUACUAUUAUUUUUUAAAUUACAUUCAGUUUGGAUGAUAAAAAUUUGCUUUAAGACUUAAUUGAUCUCAUUAUUUCUUUACACAAAUCAAGUUUUUUUUAUAAAUGGAUUGCCACAUCUUGCUUUAUCUAGUCCUGGAAAUAAUACGUUCAUUUAUGGUGUAUUUUUGGUUAUUAAUUCAAUAAAAGUUUAUAACUAGAACGGAUUUAUAAUGAAGAACUUCAGCAGUCUAAAGAUAAGAUUUAGUAAACUGGAACGGUCAAAGGUUGAAGAACAAUGAAUCGCAAGGAACAAUACUCCAGUUGUUAGUCUUUCAUCAUCAUUAAUCUAUUAGAAACAUUGGAACAAUACUCCAGUUGUUAGUCUUUCAUCAUCAUUAAUCUAUUAGAAAUAUUGUUAAUAUGUAAAUGUGUCCACUGUUUUGUAAUAUAUUUUAUUCCAUGUACUUUAAUUGGCUUUAACGUCGUGAACUUUGAACUUUAACAGGUGUAAUGUAAUAAAUUUUACUGGGAAGAACAAUUUAUUAUAUUUUAGUUACGAAUGUUCGCCCCUCUUGUUUUUGAACUUUCGUCAAAUAUUCGGAAUCCUCUGGUUUUAUCUAUGUAGUGCUAUUAAAGUCACAGCUAACCCCUACUUUUCUUUUUUACUAUUUUAUGAUAUAUAGUUUUAAAAGCCGUAUUUGAAAAAUGCUAUUAAAUCCUUGUUAUGUUUUCAUUAUUUUUGAAAGAAAAAGGAUGCCAAUGUUUAAUGUAUUUAAAGUUUAGAGAGAAUUAUUUCCCGCCAAAUUUUCAAUGUCAAGUAUAUCUCGGACCCUUAGUAAUGUUUCUGCUUUUUAAGUUCCUUUAUUUAUAUAAGUUAUUGAUAUAUACCAGUCUUUCAAAACGCAUUUGUUUUAAGCAGAGUAGCGAACAUCAUAAAAGGGCAUUAAAAAAAAUACUAGUUCAUUUUGAAUGUUUAUAUGAAUUUUACGUAUUAUCCUAUUAACACAUAUUUGAAAUAUUUAAUGUUAUGCAGACUUGUUGAUUUUGGAUGAAAAGCCAGUUACUUUACUUACAAGUAAAGAUAGUGUUUAUAUUUAUGUAUAUUCUUACAAUGUACAAUUUGUUACUAUUUGUUAUUAAACUGUUUUGCUCGAUGUUA